CUCUGGGUGCCCGGUGCUGAAGGGUCCGGCCCGGCCCAGGUCGGAACAAAGCGGCGGCGGCGCGGCAGGCUCGGCAUGGCGGCGCGGCCGGCCCCGCUCCGCCUCUGGCUGCUCCUGUAUCUGCUGCCGCAGGUGUACUGUGAGUAUGGGAUGGUACAUGUCCUUUCAGAGAAGGGGAGCAGCAAAGGAAAAGACUACUGUAUUCUCUUCAACUCGCAGUGGGCCCAUUUGCCACAUGAUUUGGGUAAAGCUUCACUCCUGCAACUGCAGGAUCAGACAGCAUCUGUUUUGUGUUCUCCUUCUGAUGUACCUCAUGGGGGAUUUAAUAAUCAAAUCCCCAUGGUGAUGCGAGGAAAUUGCACCUUCUAUGAGAAAGUGAGGCUUGCUCAGAUAAAUGGGGCCCGUGGGCUGCUGAUUGUUAGUAGAGAGAGACUGGUUCCUCCUGGAGGUAAUAGGAGCCAGUAUGAAGAGAUUGAUAUACCUGUGGCUCUGCUUAGCUAUACUGAUAUGUUAGAUAUUGGCAAGAGUUUUGGCAGCUCCGUGAAAGGAGCAAUGUAUGCACCAAAUGAACCUGUGCUGGACUACAACAUGGUGAUUAUCUUUGUCAUGGCCGUGGGGACUGUUGCAAUUGGAGGCUACUGGGCAGGAAGCAGAGAUGUGAAAAAGAGAUACAUGAAGCACAAGCGUGAUGAUGGGGCAGAGAAACAUGAUGAUGAAACAGUGGAUGUGACUCCCAUAAUGAUAUGUGUGUUUGUAGUGAUGUGCUGCUCAAUGCUCGUCCUCCUUUAUUUCUUCUAUGACCACUUAGUCUAUGUUAUAAUAGGAAUAUUCUGCCUGGCUGCCUCGAUUGGUCUUUACAGCUGUCUGUCUCCCUUUGUAAGAAGAUUACCCUUGGGAAAGUGUAGAAUCCCAGACAACAACUUGCCAUAUUUUCACAAGCGUCCCCAGGUCCGGAUGUUGCUCUUGGCAGUAUUUUGUAUCUCUGUCAGCGUAGUCUGGGGAAUCUUCAGAAAUGAAGAUCAGUGGGCCUGGGUUCUGCAAGAUGCUUUAGGAAUUGCUUUCUGUCUUUACAUGUUGAAAACAAUUCGCCUGCCUACAUUUAAGGGUUGUACCUUACUCCUCCUGGUUCUUUUUGUGUAUGAUGUAUUCUUUGUAUUUAUCACACCUUUUCUAACAAAGACUGGGGAGAGUAUAAUGGUGGAGGUGGCUGCAGGCCCUUCUGAUUCUGCCACUCAUGAAAAGCUUCCAAUGGUCCUGAAGGUUCCCCGACUGAAUUCCUCACCAUUGGCUCUAUGUGACAGGCCUUUUUCUCUCCUAGGAUUUGGAGACAUUUUAGUUCCAGGCCUACUGGUAGCGUAUUGCCAUAGGUUUGAUAUUCAGGUGCAGUCAUCCAGAGUCUAUUUUGUAGCCUGCACAAUAGCAUAUGGCAUAGGCCUUCUUGUGACCUUUGUUGCCUUGGCACUGAUGCAGAUGGGCCAGCCUGCUCUCCUCUACCUGGUGCCCUGCACUCUCCUCACCAGCUUGGUGGUGGCCCUUUGGAGAAGGGAGCUUGCCAUGUUCUGGACGGGCAGCGGCUUUGCGAAAGACCUACCUCAGCCUCCUGUGGUGAUAGCUCCUGUCAACUGCCCUCAUCUUCCCAAAGACAGCAGUGUGCCAGCCUCUCAACAAGACACAGAGCAAAUGACCAACCCCACCCUCCACGUGAAGGAGCUGCAUGGCUCCGCCUCAGCUGAAGAGGAGCUGGCUGAUACCAGCACAAAGACAAACCAGUCAGAAAUCUCUGUGGCCCACAGUGAGGAACCAACUGCUCAGAAUAAGGAUGACCUUGAAAGCAAAUGCCUAAAUGCAGAACAAAACAAGUUGGAAUAAGUAAUGUGAUAAGAACUCCUUACUUUCCCUCACAAACGUACAUAAAACCAGUAUGUAUUUAGGACUGGUUUAGUAGGGUUUGCUUUCAUUGAGGAACCUCACUAGGAGUCUGAUCAUCAAAUCCAACAAGGAAUGUUCUGUCUCCAGCUUUGGUACAGCUAUAUACUUAAAACACCUUUCUGAAAUAUGGUGCUCUCCAGGAGUUCUGAUGUGUGGGUUUCAAUGAUCGCUGUUAGUGAAUGCCUUUGACCAUUUGUUCCCUUUGCAUUAGGGCAGGAUGGCAUCAAGAGUCUUUAUUUACUCAGUACUCGUGCUUGUAUGGCUGUUUCACUGCUUCACCAUGAUGUAGGUUAACAUGGAGGAAAAGCAUUGAACAAGUCUGCUACAAUGCUCACAAAGCUUACUUGAGAGAAAUAUGGUCUUUUUUUUUUUUUUUUUUUUUUUUUUUUUUUGGGCACUUUCCCUGUUGUCACCAUAUACUUUACUUCUCCUGACUUGUCAAAGCCAUUGAUAUAAGGGAAUGCAUUAUUAUCAACUGACAUUCAGGAAAUGCAGAGAAUGGUUAAAUUACCAUUACUCCUAAAGGCUUUAUGCUACCAUGAUGCAUUAAAUGCAUCUCUUAAAUUUUUGUCUCUGUUUUUACUUCUAGGAACCUGAGCUGCUAGUCUAGUUUAAAAGGCAGGGUGAGUAGAGCUCGGGGAAGCUUUCUAGGCAUUCAUGUGAACUCCAAGGGCUCUGAUAAUAAACAGGGUUGGUCACAGAAUAAUGCCUGGAAGCAAAUGCAUAUUAGGAAUGUUUAGAAAUAAAAUAUAAGCCAAAUAGGUGAAAAAAAAAUAGGUAGUAGCACUGUACUAAGCUUAACAGGCAGUAUUUUCAUUGGGAAAAAUGUUAAAGCGCAAAUGUUCUUAUGUUUGGGGCUUUGAGCUUCUAUUUGUUCUUCAUUCAAGGAAUAUAAUUGUGGUUUCUGAUUCUGAAGAAAAUAGUCUGAUAUUUCAUUCCCAGUGGAGCACAUAUAGUGCUAGAGACAGUUGUGAUUUAAAAGCUACUUGCUGCUCAGUUACUUACUGACUGCCUAAGUCAUGUUUUGUCUUUGUCCCAAGAAUAGCCAAAGCAUAGUCUGUCAGGUUCUGGAAUGAACCUGGGAGCUCACUUUUUAUUUUGUCUUUCUUGCUACAUUGUGAAGGAAUUUGUGAAUUUAAAAAUUUUGGAGUGCAGCUGGUCUUACUUCAUAUUCCUGAAAUUGUUUGUUUUCCUCUAUAACAUGAUUUAGUCUUUUAUGCAUCAGCUUUUGUACAUAGAAAGAUGAUGGGAUUUGUGUAUUACUUGUUCCAUCUAAGUACAUUUGGCUUCAUCAGAGGAGUCUGUUCUGCACUUGUGUUGCAAUUCCAGAAAGCCUCAAGCACUUCACACAAAAACUGAAAUAGAAAAUUGAAGUAUUAUAGGAUCCUUGGAUAUGAUUCCAGAUUGCAUGGAAGAAAUACUCUCGAGUAUUUGGGAGCCCAAAAUGUAAUUUACAAAAGUAUUGUUGCAGUGAUGCAAUCAGAGGCAUUGCUGUUAAAUUGAGAGUCUCCACUUGGCAUGUUGAAUUGGAGUUGAAGGGCUCUCUUUUCAAGAAUGUCAGUUAAAUAUCAGCCAUUGCCUUUUUGGCUAGAUCUUCCAAAAUUUUGCCUUGUGCUUUUUGGAUGAAAGCUUUUAUGGGCAGUGGUAACAUUCUUUCUCUAGAAUGUGAGCAGCUUUCUCUAAAACCACUCUCUGGCUUCAGAGUUUUACCAGCUUCUGCUGAAAGCCUUGAGCCUUGUCUGAUAGGAUGAUUUAUGAAGAUUUUUGGAAGGCUCCCUGGGUCCAAUGGUCAACACGACGUUUAAUUUUCAAAUUGCCCUAAUGGAAGAUAGUACUAAAGCAAUCUGCUUUUCAGUCUUCUCUUUAAUGGACCCUUACUUAGGCCAGCAGUAACCUGAACCAGUUAUUACUAAUAAAAAGCAACAGAAACAUUUUACCGAAAACUUCAAUUAGCUGGAUUAUGCCUUAAGUCUUUGUGUAAGUAUUGUUAUUAAAUUAAGAAAGCAAUCUUGUGUUUAAAUAACGAACUUGACAAAUAGCAAGGUAAGUUGGAGACUGACUCAAAGUUCUAUUGGUUUUUGCCUUGAUCAUCUGUUAGAGUGUUGUUUGGAGUAGCUUUCUGAUGAUGAAGCAUUAGGUAUUGUCAUUUACUUGCAAGUGUUCUUUCACAUUUGUUCUCCUAUGUGGUUAGGAAACAGUUUAUUUCAGAUUGUUCAUAGCUCAGUUAAAACAGAAGAACUGGUCACACUGAACUGGGCAUUUCACAGUUCUGGACAUUCUGCUUCACCUCAGGUUUUGGGGAAUUUCCAUCUAUUUUUAAGUGUAAAUUUUUUCUCCCCCAAAUAACAAAGAAUUCAGGAAAAAAACCCCAAUUGCUUCUCAGUGCAGUACCUCCAGUUAAAGCUUGUGAAGUGGUAACAAUUUACAGGCUUUGACUAUCUCAGUACUUUACAAAUCAGGUGACCCUGGUGCUCCAGUUUGGCUGUGACUGUUCGGACCCUGAUCCUGGGCAGAUCAAUCCCUUCCAUCAAACAACAAGGCUGUAUUUUUUUAUCUUUAAAAAACUUCCCUGAUCAGCUUAAUUUAAGACUUAAUGUUGUAUAGGAAGAUAUGCCUAUCAGUUCAAUGUGACUGACUCUGAUUUUUUUUGAUGAUUUCCAAUACACAUUCCACACCAAACUUGAGUUUUAAUAUUUAAAGUAAUUAAAGUAAUAUUAAUGUUUAAAAUAAUGUUGAUAGGCUUCUUGUUUAUGUCUUUCACAUACUAAGCCUUAUCUGUCCAGAAAUACAAUAAGAGUUCAGUUCCUGAAAGCUUGUAUGUGUUCUGGGGAAGCACUUCUUUUAGUCAAAAAAAAAAAAAAAAAAAAAAAAAGAAAAACACAAACAAACACAAAAACCCCAAUAACAAUCCACGCCACUAAAACAAAAACCCAUUUGAGAAAAUCUGACUCUUUAGAUCACAAUAAUGAGGUGUUUGUUUUGGUCUGUUCCCUGCUGAAGGAUUGCCGAAAUGCAGCUGAAGGUAGAAUGGAAUAUGAAAGACUUUACUGAGGAUGAUAAAAGUAUCCCAAGCCCUCUUUGAAUUUUGCGGAUUUUAUUUUUCUUGUCAGAAAUGAAGAGCAUUUUAAAUGAAAUAUAUAAAAAAGAAACACAAAAGAUUAGAUUUGAAAAUAUAUUCUAUGUUUACCAGUGUCACUAAAAUAAAAGUGCAUCCACAUGUGUAAGAAUUACACUUGCAAAAAUAUUAAACUUUUUCUCUAAACUUGGACAGAUGGCAGACGACAGAAAAUCUGCACAGCUUAUUUUCCAAAAGAUUUAUUAGCAUGCUUCAUAGAAAACUUCAUUUAGAAAACUGUUUGUUUCCAUAUUUCUUGAACAUUUUCCAUGGUCUUGGAUAAUUGGUCAAGCUUUUCCUUCAGAGGAUGAUGCUCUUUCCUUACAGUACCCCUCAGUAUGACUGUUGUUAAGAAUGUCUUGACGCUAUUUUUCAGCCAUGCACAUCUCUGUGUUUCAGCUUUGAUUUUUGCCUUCCUGCUGCAUUGUUCCAGCUGGGAACAGAUCAUGGCUACCAUUUUAGUGCCUGUUGACUUCUGAGUAUGCUGGAAACUGGUGCUGACAUUAAUGAAUGCUGCAGUCAUUAAUGAAUUUAGCUGCCUCGGGGAGAUGCUGUGAAUUUACUUGCAGCUCUUUAAAAAAGCCAGUAUUGGAUGUUUGAGAACAGUGUUGCCUUGAAGUCAAAGCUCGCAUGUGCUGUUUUAGUGCAAGAUCCAGUGCUUUUGUUCUUGUCUUUAGCCUCAUGGCUGUGUGUGUUUCUGGUUUGUUGCACUACACAGGCUGUAUAGGAUGUAAAGCCCAUGAUACUUCUUUUUAACAGCAGCUUCAUUGAUUGUCCAUGAACAAACCAGAGUAUUUUGUACAUGCUUUCAUCAUUUGGUGUGUUAUUUGUAGUGUAAAUGGAGGCUGAGUAUGCUGGACAAGCAGCUGUGUAUACAACUAAUGAUUAUCAACAUUUGGCACAUAGCACAUUGAUGCAAAUGUGAAAUACAGACAUAGCAGUAGAUACAAAUACACAUCCAAAGCCUGCAGAGAUGGUGCUUUUGCCAUGACAAGUAUAAUCUCUGAUAUUUUAAAAAGAAUGUAGGGCUGUGUCUUCAGGCAAAUGAGGACAGGAGCUAUUUUCAGCGGUUCAGAAAACAUCAACAAGGAACAAUUAAUCUUAAGUUAUUUUAAUCUUGCAUGUGGUUUCCUAGCUAGGGCAAGACAUGAAGAACAGAGCUGCACUAACAGCUGUUCAGUUUAGGUUUUUGCCAGUGGUGCUGGGUAGGGUGGAGAAAGGGAAGAUAAGAAAAAACUGAAGGUGACUCAGAAAGCAUGAGGAGACACUGAACAAGAAAGGCAGUGGAAGAGUUUUCUCCAAAGAGAAGAUGUAAGGGCAUGAUAAAUAUCCAAAAAUCUGAAAAGGCUGCUGCAAACUGGGAAAACAGUUUGUCAAGUAGGGAUGACAUUAGAAUUAAUAGACUUAAUAAGGAAAUUUUAUUGCUGGCUGACAGGUGAGGGGCUCAGCAGGACAGGGCAGUGCCCAGUGCAUGACCUCCUUUGGUUCUGCCAGGAGAGAACUGAACCACACCAAGCAGAGUAAUUUCAUGCCACUGGCAGUUGGGGCCAGCCAACAAGCCCUGUCCUCCCUGUCCAGAUUUAGUCUGAGGGUCAGGAUUCCUGGUUUUAAUGAAGUUAUAGCAUGAACUUCAUCCCAGAGUACUCACUUUAUAUUCAUGAAUGCUGUCAGGAUGUUCUGUACCAACUGUGAUGGACAGUUCAGCUCUUGUGAGACAAAGACUGCAUUUUCUGCUACUUAAAAGUGAUAACUCUUCUGAAAAGAAACCACAUCAAUUUUAGUCUUUUUUGUCUAUGUUUAAUUUGUUGAAUUGCUUCUGGCAGCCUGGAACAUUUUCAGAACAAGACAGCUUUGUGUGGUACCAGAAGCUUCCUUUGGCCAGUGGCAUAAAAGAACUUUCUUUUCACUGAUCCUCUCUAUCAUCUCUAUUUAUCAAUUAUAUGCUCUUCUGUGAGGGUUCCAUCUUUUCCAGUUUUGCAGUUAAAUAUUCAGAUUAUGUGGAGUAAAGUGGCAUUUUGCCAUCUGUAGAUUAGUGAUAGGUGAUGAAUAGUGUGUUUAAAUUGGAUUUUCUUGAAUUGGGAACUAGUGUACUGUACACAAUAAUCUAUAAUUUCAGGAACUAGCAGAGGACUUAACUUCAUGUGAUGCAGGGGCUCAGGCUUGGUUCUGUUUGCCAGAAGCUGUUGGUGAGUCCAGCAGCCAGGGGUUACAGGUGCACAGGCUGCUGCAAUUAUUUGGAGCUACCUUCCUUAGGUGAAGGUGGCAUUACAGUUUUAUCCAGUUUUCUCAUGAUAUUUUUCUGCAUGUCAGCAUGCAAGUUUAGCUCCAGAUGGCAAACUUCAUCCAGGUGCUUGUCUCUGAAAAAUUCUGAGAUGAUCUGCUAGCUAGAUUUUUUUUGUUUAAGAACUGCUUCCUGCUGACAGACAUGCAUUGUAUGUUGUGAACUGACUUUGAGUGUUUCAUGUAAAUAUUGGUCAGCUGAAAAUAUGGUUUCAAAGUAAACCAGCUCAUCACCAGCUUAUGCCCCAUCUCUGGAAGUUCAAAGCUUAGUUGGAAGUAGCCCUGAGCAACCUGAAUCUAGUGGAUGGCAUCCCUGCCCAUGGCAGGGGCUGGAAUGAGAUGAUCUCAAAGGUCCCUUCCAACCCAAACCAUUUUAUGAUUCUAAGACUCUAUCACAACUCCUAAAAAAUUGGUGGCUUGGGCUGGUAGGAGCCCUGCAGUAGCAGACAGCCAACACCUCAUAGUCAAGUGCUGCUGAAAGAUCUCCAGCCCUGAGAAUGUGGCACUUGGCACGAGCAGCAACACCCUCUUGUACAGUGAGGCCAGCGAGGGUUCCCAGAACCUGAUCCUGGGGUGGGGCUGCACACAAGAGUCCUAUCUGAUGUUUUCAAUACACUAACUUCUUCCUUGAGCCAGUGGGGUUGGAAUGGAUAGAAAUAACUCUUUGCUUCUGAAACCUAUGUCUGUAGUCAAGAAAUUGCCAUAAACCUGCCACGUCUCCACUGUGGAUCCAAGCAUUGAGCACUGGGAUGGUGGGGAGCUGGUGCUUGAGGAGGAGCACAGUCCUUCACAUGCAUUCCCCAGCAAGGAACCAGAAGAGAAAUUUAUUGUUCUGCUCUGACUGAAGUUGUUCUGAUUUAUAUUGAACAAAAAUUUCAAAAUAGUGGUUCAGGUUUAGUUUGAAAAAGUAAAAAACAACCCAUAGUGGCACAAUUUAAUUUAGUUUGGAUCAUAAUCUACUUUUUUCAUAAUCAGUAGUGGAGACUACAGAAAAUGUUUAUCAGAGAUGUUACAGGAGACCCUAAGCUGGCAGCAAGCCUGUGUGGGAAACAGGCUCACUGCUCUGAUGGCCAAUUAGUGCUGUGCUCUGCCUGUGCUGGGGUGAGCAUGUCACCAAUUUGUGUUCAGCUCAUACUUUGCCACUUGUCUCCUCCAGCAACCUUUUGACUGUCAAACUCUCACAGAGAGUCCCAUAGCCAGCACUGGUUGUGGGAGAGCAACAAGGAAUCUCUGUGUCACAGAUCACUCCUGUGAUGCCUCAUGUGGGAAAGGCAUGAAAUGGAAUUAACCAUUCUUCUCAGCCUGGAGCCUAGACCACAUGCUGCAUUCCUCCCGGGGCUGAACACACAAAACCUCGAUCCUAAAACCGCUGAUAGGAACUAUGAGCUCUGCUACUUUCAGCCUAGCAAUGCAGGAAAGCAAAACCUAAGAAAAAUCUGAAUUUAGAGCCCUGCCCAUGGAUGCUAUGUUCAUUGCUGACCAUGUUCUUUCAAGGCUGGAGAAACUGGGGUCUGAUAGACUUCCAGCAAGCCAUGAGCCCCCUGUGACCCCUUCUAGUGUUAUUUUACUAAAACUGAAUCAGAAAUACUUUAGGUAUGGAUUGGUGGGAGGCUGGAAGCAAAAAUUUCAAGCAGUAUAAAGACGAUUUAAAAGCUAAGACCCAUUCGGAUGCUUGACAGUAGCUGCUUCUAGAGAGGAAGUUGAUUCUUGGAGAUAAUGUUAUCAGUCUUAAAUGUCUGGUGUUUUUGUGGAAGGACUUUGUAAUGGUGUUCAAACAGUAGUAUGUAGGAUAGUAUAUGAAGAGUGCAACCUAAAAGAUUGUUAAUUUUAGCACUUGCAAAUGCAUCUGUUUACAUAUGCAUGCAUGAAGAAUAAACUUUAAGCUCAUUCAGGUACUGAAGGAAAGAUUUUCUCUUGAUCCAAUGUGUUACAUGUUUUUUGCUGUUAUAAGAUCUUCUACGCAGCUUGGCCCCUUAAUAAUUAAAAAAAAAAAAAAAAAAAAAAAUAGAGAAAACCCGACAUUAAAAAACACCCCCUCCCUCCAUAAAAAGAACGGCUGAGGAAGUUGGCCAGUGUGGGAGACUGGUAUGAAAACUUACUCGGAGUAUUUUUCCUGCAAAAAAAUUUCAAACCAACAAGCUAUGGAAAUGAAGUGCAGAUGGGACAUAAAGAAUGAGGACUUUAGUUCUCUGUAAGGAUGUAGUCAAUGAUGCUGAUACAAUGAAUGUCAUUCCCUGAGUCCCUGGUUCCUCUCAUGUAUCUCCUUUACCUUGUCAGUCAGUCUGUCAAUGGCAUACACCACAUGGACCAGUCCCACAGCUGUAGCUGAUUGUGGGGUUGUUGAUUCCCCAUGGGAAGAGCGUCCCUCUCCCCUCACUCAGGCUACUACUUGAUGACUUGCAAAAUUGUGCAUAUUGCAUGAUAUCUGCAGGGAUAGAUAAAUCAAUAAUUCUGUGACUUUUGUCUAUGAUACAAGUAUCUUCUAUCUAUGGUACCAAGAUAUUUUUUUCUGCUGUUCUUGUUUGCAAGUAGUACGAAGUACAGACUGUGUCACCUCAUGGAUCCCUUCCUGUGCUGACACUAGGAGAGAGCCAUUGCGAAAACCAAGGGAAAAAGCAAGUUUGUUCCUAAGUAGGAAAAAACAUUUUUGGCAAACUUUUCUGUUUUUCCAAAGCUGUAGGUCUUACCACAGUAGAUGCAUCUGAUUUUCACUUCAGUCUGGGUGGCCUUUUCCCACCCUAUGUCUGUGUGGAUCUUUAUGGUUUUGAUACCAGCCCUCCCUCUGGCUGAAUUACAGCCUUCUAUCCAAUUGCACAGCACAUCAUUAUAUAUAUAUUUUUUAUAUGUAGAUACAUUGUAAUACAUAGGAUUUCCAGUGACCAGAUGUAGAUUGACUUUCCUUCUGUGAUGUAACAUGGGAAAUAACCUAUUUCAAAAUUAACGGGGAUGGCAGAAUCUUAAGACAAACAGAUGAGAAAUAUCCCAAGGGUUUCUGCAGAGUGAAUUUUCUAUGGAAUAAGGAAGCCUAUUUCAGGCAUAUAUAGAUACAAUGAAAGAAAGCAAACUUGAAAUUGACUGGUCAGCUAGCCAAAUUGCAGGAGUUUAAGUUUGUUUUUUUUUUCUGUUUUGCUUUUAAAAAGCACUGGAAUUUCCUUGAGUCUGUUUUCGUUUAAAGCUGUAAAAAAUUUCUAAAAGUGUCAAAUAAAGUUACUUAGUUUUUGAA